CAUUAAUUUUCAAUGUAGAUAGGUUAGUUAACCAACAAUAUGGUCCUAAUUAUGUUGUGUUUUAUGGGAUACUGUAUAGGUAAGAAGUUGAACUAACAAUACUUACAUGUACACGAUUUUUUCUAUAAAAGCCAAACAUAUAAUACAUGCAAAAUACACUACAAAUCAUAUCAGAACCAUAUUAGCAUUGCAAAGAGCUUCAACUGCUAUACUAUAUCUACUUGAAGUUCUUCUCAUCAGUUAGAUCAAUUUAACCAUGGCUUUCAUUAGUUUGUCAACAAUCAUUUUUCCAUUUAUGAUUCUAGUUAUUUUGUCGGCAAAAAGUAGUAUAAUGAUUGUCGAGGCACGCAAACUUCUAGAGUCAAGCACGCCUCAACUCCCAAAACUUGAUUCGCCACUUCUACCAAAUCCAGAGUUUCCUAAGGUUCCUGAACUACCUAAAUUAGAAAUUCCUAAACUACCUGAGUUACCAAAUUCCGAGCUGCCUAAAAUUCCUGAAUUACCUAAGUUUGAAAUUUCUAAAGUACAUGAAUUACCAAAACCUGAGUUACCUAUGAUUCCUGAAUUACCUAAGCCAGAAAUUCCUAAAGUACCUGAGUUACCAAAGUCCGAAUUGCCUAAAGUUCCUGAAUUACCUAAGCCUGAAAUUCCUAAAGUACAUGAGUUACCAAAGCCUGAGUUGCCUAUGGUUCCUAAAUUACCUAAGCCAGAAAUUCUUAAAGUACCUGAGUUACCAAAAUCUGAGUUGCCUAAAGUUCCUGAAUUAUCUAAGCCAGAAAUUUCUAAAGUACAUGAGUUACCAAAGCCUGAGCUGCCUAAAGUUCAUGAAUUAUCAAAGCCAGAAAUUCCUAAAGUACCUGAGUUACCAAAGCCUGAGCUGCCUAUGGUUCCUGAAUUACCUAAGCCAGAAAUUCCUAAAGUACCUGAGUUACCAAAGUCCGAGUUGCCUAAAGGUCCUAAAUUACCUAAGCCUGAAAUUCCUAAAGUAUCUGAGUUACCAAAGUCCGAGCUGCCUAAAAUUUCUGAAAUACCUAAGUCAGAAAUUCCUAAAGCACCUGAAUUACCAAAGUCAGAGCUGCCUAAAAUUCCUGAAUUACCUAAGCCAGAAAUUUCUAAAGUAUCUGAGUUACCAAAAUCAGAAUUACCUAAGCUACCUGAAUUUCCAAAACCCGAACUACCUAAAUUUAAUGUACCUGAAUUGCCCAAAUUCGAGCUACCUAAAAUUCCUGAACUUCCUAAACCUGAACUACCCAAGGUCAAUAUUCCAGAACUACCUAAACCUAAGCAACCUAAAUUCCCUGAAAUGUCUAAAGUUGUUCCAACCACUACUCCAUAAGUUUGAAUUCUUUCAUUUGUAUUGUCUCAAAUCGUUUAAUAUAUUGUUUAGCUCAUCAUGUAUGAUGAGUGUUAUAUGAUUUAUACAAUUUAUAAUUCAGUCUUAUAUGUAUAGACUACAAGUCAUAGUGGAGUGAUUGUUAUGGUUCAGUUUGAACCUUAUUAGAUUACAUAUUAGCUAGUUUGAGCUUGUUUAAAUCGAUUGUACUACUGG